CCUCUGCAUGUUGUCUUUAUCUCCUUUAACCACAAAUUUGUCAAACUAAAUUACCAAAUCUUUUCCAUUUCAAUCUAAAUUACCACAGCCUUGCAUAAAACAUGAAUGCCAUAAAGGAAGCUCAUGGAACAGUUGAGUGGAGGAAAAGGGAAGCAAAUGGCUCAACUGAAAUCUUGCCACCGGAGUCGGGAACUGCCAAGAAAGCAUGUUUAAAGGUAUGGAAUUUUCUGAAGAAGGCAUGGGAGUUAGGGGCAGAUGAACCUAGAAAAGUGGUUCAUUGUCUCAAGGUAGGGAUAGCUCUCACAAUUGUCUCACUCUUCUAUUACAUGAGGCCUUUGUAUGAAGGUGUUGGUGGGAAUGCCAUGUGGGCUAUCAUGACAGUGGUUGUAAUCUUUGAGUACACUGUUGGUGCCACAGUCAGUAAAUGCUUGAACAGAGCUACUGGUACUUUUCUUGCUGGAUUCCUUGCAGUUGGGGUUCACUGGAUUGCUAAUCAAUCAGGCGAAAAUUUUGAACCCAUAAUUGUUGGUGUCUCAGUUUUCCUAUUAGCUUCUGCAGCAACAUUCUCUAGAUUUAUUCCAGUAAUAAAAGCUCGGUUUGACUAUGGUGCGAUGAUCUUCAUCCUGACUUUCAGCCUAGUUUCGAUAUCAGGUUACCGGGUAGAGAAAUUGUUUAAUAUGGCACAUCAAAGAUUGUCCACCAUUAUCAUAGGAACUUCUAUUUGCAUUCUUAUAAGCGUUCUUGUCUGCCCCAUUUGGGCCGGUGAGGAGCUCUAUCAUCUCAUCAUCCGUAACAUGAACAAACUGGAAAAUUCCUUGGAUUGUUGCGUAGCUCAGUAUUUUAACAAUACUGACAUUAACGAAGAGACUGAAAAAAAACUGGAAGGCUACAAAUGUGUGCUGAACUCAGAGGCCACUGAAGAAUCUAUGGCUGGAUUUGCUAGAUGGGAGCCUGCACACGGGCGCUUCAGCUUCCAGCAUCCGUGGAAUCAGUACCUUAAAAUUGGGGCAUCAAUGCGCAAUUGUGCUUACUGCAUAGAGGCACUCAAUAGUUGUGUAAUCUCAGAAAAUCAGGCCCCCGAGUUCAUAAAGAAGCGUCUAAGUGAUCUCUGCUUCAGAGUCAACACCAACUCAUCAAGUGUCAUAAGAGAGUUGGCAAUGAAGAUCAAGACAAUGAGGAAAUCAACAAAACUAGACGUCUUAGUUGAAGAAAUGAAUAUUGCAGUAGAAGAACUCCGAAAUGAUUUGAAAUCCCUUCCUGGUUUACUCAUUUCUCCACCCAAAUCUCCUGAAAAUGACAAAGGAGAACCAAUUUUGACAACUAGUAGUACCACCACAGUUCCUCUUGUGGAAGUCAUUCCACUUGGAACUUUUGCUUCUUUACUGAUUGAAAUCGCUGCACGUGUUGAAGCCAUUGUUGACACGGUUGAAGAGUUAGAGAGGCUGGCUGAAUUCAAGCCAGCAGUUGAUGAUGAUGACAAGCCCAAACAAAACCAACUUAAUAAUAAAAUUUUAUCUGAUCAACAGAAAGAUGAGGAAACCAUGAAAGUCCUUGAGGAGGUCUGAAUUUUUAAAUUACCAAAAAGGCAAUAAUUAAUCGUAAAUUUCUUUGGGGAAAAGAAAAUUGCAAGUAUAAAACAGCUUACAGGACCACAGUGGCAAGUUUUCGAGUCGUGCUAAUAUUCUCUUAAUUUUGUUAUAAUCAUGAGUUUGAUUGUACUUUGGCUAAUUGUAUUGCUUUAUGCAGUGACUUCAAUUGCCAAGGGGAAUUUUCCAUUAUGCAAUGAAUUAUUAUAGCUUUGAAAACAAA